UAUGCUGCAAAACACAUCCCUUACAUCCACUUUUAUUUUGUAGGAUGCAGCCGGAAGUUGCUGUGCUUGUCUUUGUCAGACUUGACGGUGACAGGAGACCGAGGACAGGAGCUCCGAGCGGGCUGCGGAGGAUGUCGACCCCGCUGCGGGGACAAGCCCCGUGCGAGAUGUCAGAGUCCGGCCGGCUGUCCCUCACCCUGUCGCCCCGCACCUGCGGCCCUCGGCUCCCGUGAAGAUGAAGCUCCGAGCAGCCAGAGUGAGGCGGAAAGAGGCCGGAGACAGAGAGAAGCAUGUACUGGCGCGUCGGGUUCGCCUGGACGCGGUCGUGUGUGGUUGAUCUUGGCCUGAACCAGAGCUUCUCCUUCGGCCUGCUGCGCGGCUCCGAGGAGCAGCUCUCGUUUUAUGGGUACAUCAUCGCCUGCCCACUGCAGGACUACGGCGGCAUCAUGUCAGCUUUGGGCUCCGACUCGUGGUGGCGGAAGACGCUGUAUCUGACCGGAGGGGCUCUGCUCGCCGCCGCCGCUUAUCUGCUGCACGAAUUGCUGUCCAUCAGAAAAGAGGAAGAGCUGGACUCUAAAGAUGCCAUCAUACUCCACCAGUUCUCCAGGCCGAAAAGUGGCGUCCCGUCCCUGUCCCCUUUCUGCCUUAAGAUGGAGACCUACCUCCGCAUGGUGGACCUGCCCUACCAGAACUACUUUGAUGGGAAGCUUUCGCCGCAGGGAAAGAUGCCGUGGAUCGAGUACAACCAGGAGCAGGUGUGCGGCACAGAGUUCAUCAUCGACUUCCUGGAGGAGAGGCUGGGCACGAGCCUCAACAAGAGCCUGACGCCUCAGGAGAAGGCCAUGUCCCGCGCCAUCACCAAAAUGGUGGAGGAACAUUUUUACUGGACAAUAGCUUACUGUCAGUGGGUGGACAACCUGGAGGAGACCCAGAAGAUGCUGUCGGUGAGCGGACCGCUGAGCGACCUGCUCAAGUGGAUCCUGAGUCACCUGACCGGCGGGAUCGUUAAGAGGGAGAUGUACGGGCACGGGAUUGGCCGGUUUUCUAAGGACGAGGUUUACGCUCUGAUGGAGAAAGACAUGCGCACCCUGGCCACUCUGCUCGGUGAUAAAAAAUACAUCAUGGGAUCGAAGCUUUCUACUGUAGAUGCUACAGUGUUCAGUCACCUGGCCCCGGCUAUGUGGACCCUACCAGGGACACGUCCAGAGCAGCUAAUCAAAGGUGAGCUCAUCAACCUGGCCAUGUACUGUGAGCGCAUCCGCCGGCGUUUCUGGCCGGAGUGGUUCGUGGACCUGGAGGACUUCUGCUACAGCGACACCACGGACUGCAGCGACUCGGCCUCCAGACUCCCCGACCUGGGUCUCUACUCCCGCACAGACACUUUCGAGGAAGAAACACACACGUCGCACACGCCGCACACGCCGCACACACCGCAGGGCCCGCUGUCGCCUGACAGCGACCCCACAGGCCACUCGCUGUAUGACUCAGACAUGGACACCGAGUGCUCUGAAAUAGACCAACUCAAGUGUUGACGAAAAACACACACACGCUAGACAGUACAUAGACACUUGACAUGCAACACAUGUGCACGCCACUGGAGGGAGCACACAUGCCCCCCCCCCC